AUGCAACCUUGGAAUCAAUGGGGUGUUCAAGCAACGACAGGCUAUACUCUGCCUGGGUACCCUGCGGCCAUGCCAUCGCCAGUUGUGACUGUUGCGCCCACAGUUUCAUCACUGCCUUACACGAUGGGAGGGUACCAGUGGCCAAGUUAUAGUGCUACCAAUGUUACUCCUACUGUUGGUGGAGCAUGGCCUGUUCAGAACCAGCAACAACAAUGGGACCAGUGGACUCAAUGGCAGCAACAGUAUGCCCAAUGGCAACAAGAAUAUGGCGACAAGUACAUGCAAAGUGUACAGCAGAGCUCCCAGGCCUCCUCUACUUCAGGGAAUACAGUACCGGUGGGUGUUCCUCCUACAACAGCUACUGCAGGAGGAGAUGAGAAAAGAGGAGCUACUACUCCUGGCCCUCCAGAUGCCAAGAAACCUAAGACUGAUGAAAAUUCUGCAGAAGCAAUUAAGGAUGUUCUUAAAGAAAUGGCUGAAGCAGAAAAACAAUUUGAUGAACAGUUUAAUAAUUGGGAAGUGCAAUUCAAUACUUGGCGUGAACAAAAUGCUAGUCAUCCAGACACCGAGCAAUACAAGGCGUAUGAAGCAAAAUGGAAAAGUUGGAGGAAUCAGCUACUACAACGUAGAGAACAGAUGAGGAAAAAAAGAGCAGCUAAGAUGGCGGAGUUGGCAAAGUUGGAGCAGCAACCAUCAACUACUUAUUCAGCAACAGGAACAGUUGGGAUAACUGCUUCAAUGGCUGUGCCUCCUCCCACACUAGGUGCUACAUCUGUGGCCUCCGCAUCUGUCACCCCAGCAGUUACCCCAGCUGUAUUGCCUUCGACUUCGGUGCCACCACCUGGCAUGUCCUCAAGUGGCGCAGAUAGUACCAACCCGUAUGCUUUAUACAAUACCUCUUUCUAUAACCAACAAGGAGGAUAUAUGUUCGGUUCUACACCUUAUGGUGUACCCCCUGUAUUCCCUCCAGUUCCCCCUCCCGUUGUGGUCCCAACAAGUACAUCAGCUCCUCCGCCCACUACAGCAUCGACUGUCUCAUCCGCCUCUGGUAUUCCCAAUGCCUCAUCAUCAGCUGUUCAAGGUGAAGGUGGACCGAAUAAGUCAGUUGAUUCCACAUCUACGAAUAACAUCUCAGGAUCAACCAAUCCUUCAGAUCCGCAGUCAGCAGUAAAUUUCAGUCAGCCUCCUCCUUCAACAACACAAGGUUCUUCAACAAAUAAUGGUUCACAGAAUAGCUCAGAUAGUGGUGGUAUCCCUGGUUUAGACCUGUUAAAUCACCCACCAUCCUCUCAGUCAUCUAAACAACCAGAGUUCAAUCCAGCUUCUACUUCAAGUUUGAUCCCAAAGCAACAAGAUAUAAUUCAGACACCUGCUGAUAGUAAACCUUUUGAUUUUCCAUCACCUGCCAAAAAUCAGAACACUACAGUACCUCCACCGUCUAUGAUGAACUUUCCUCCACCAGGCUAUUUGAACCCUACCUUUAAGGUUUUUCAAAUGGGAACUAACCCUAAUCCUGGUCUUCUACCAUCUAAACACAAUCCGAAUAAAGAACUUGUUGAGGCUUUGAUGAAUACCAUUGAAACCAAUCCUGGUUCAAGUCAAGAUGGAAGAAAUCAGAAUUACAAUAUGAAUAGACAUCAGAGAUCUGAUUUUGAUCCUAAGGGUAACAAUGGACCACCAGGAAGUGGACAAGAUUUCAGAGGAAACCAAAUGAACAACUAUCCUCCACCAAAUAAUUUCAGUGAUAACCAAUGGGGUGGAAACCAAACAACUAAUAAAGCACCUCUUCUUCCAACUCCCAACAUUCAAGGAUUUAAUCCUCCUGGUAAACAGGGUGAUAUUCACAUGGGGCAUAAUAAUAAUAUGCCACCUUUCAAUCAACCUUCAGGUUAUAAGAACAAUGAUGGACCUAGUUUUAGAAAUGAUGGACCUUCACCUCGCUUUAGUGGCCCGCAAGGUUUUAGAGGUAAUGAUGGUCCGUCAGGUUUCAGAGGGUCCGAUGGACCCCCUUCAGGCUUCAAAAAUGAUGGACUUCCACCUGGAUUCAGAGCGGAUGGACCUCCACCUGAUUUCAGGAGCGAUGGACCGCCACCAAACUUUAGAAAUGAUGGUCCUCCAAAUUACAGAAAUGAUGGCUCUCAAAAUUACAGGAAUGAUGGUGGGCCUGGGCCUCAUGGUUUUCGUGGUAAUGAUGGUAUGAGGCAAAAUGGUCCUCCAGGAUUUAGAGGUAAUGACUGUGGUCCUGGCUACAGAGGAGGCAAUGAUGGCCCCCCUUCUGGAUUUAGAGACGGUCCUCCAGGUUUUAGGGACGGGCCAGGAUUCAGAAAUGAUGGUUUUAGGGGUGACAACAUUCGUUCCAAUGAUGGCCAUGGUUCUGAUAAUUUUAGGAGUAAUAACUUCAGGAAAGAUGACUUUGACCGCCCUCCUUAUAUGAAUGAUGAUAAUUAUAGUUUUGGCAAAGGAUCUGAUAAGAACCGAGAAGAGCCAGACGGUUAUAAUCAAGAUUUCAAUGACAACCGUAGUGAUAGGGGGCGUAGUGACUAUAAUGACGAAAACUUUGACAACCAUUCUGACGAUAGAGGAUCACUUGGAAAUCAAAGAGAUUUCAGAUAUCCUCCAGCAGGUUCAGAUUCUCAAGAAAGAAACAGCUUUAAUGAUGGAGACGGUUCAGUCUUUGGCAGACAUGCUUUUGGUCCUAACGCUAGGCCUGGUGGUGCUCCUCCACCCCUCAUGGGUAGUAGCGGAGGACCACCUUCGAUGAGCGGAGGUCAGAGCGGACCCCCGGGUAUGGGGGCUCAAAGGUUUCAGCUUCCGCCUCUGCAUAAUCCGGACAAGAUCAUAGACUACAUUCAUAAACCGGCAAAUCUAGGUGUUCCUGCUUUCUAUGAACCUGUUACAAUGAUAGAUUAUGCCCACGGCUCUCAUAAACUUCCUGAGGGAGAAGAAGAUAGAUUCCCUCCUGGAGAAAAUCGUGAUUUAUUCCCUAAAGAUGAUGACUAUGAUGGGCGAUUACAUGGUCCUGGAAGAGGACCUUCACCAUUUAGACCAAGGAAUGAUGGUAGGCAUAGAGGAACCUCUUGGGGCCGGACAAGAGAAAGUAGAUGGGAACGGGAUCCUCAUGGAUCUCCUCCAAGAAGAGAUGAGGGUAGAAGUCGAGACAGGGAAGAAAGAGGAAGAGAUGAUAGGAGAGAAAGAGAUAGUAGAGAUGACCGUCAUGACCGGGAUCGAAGGGAUGACAGAGAUAGAGAUAGCCGUAGAGAUUCUAGAAGAGAUGACAGGCGAGAUGAUAGGAGGGACAGAGAUUUAAGAGAAGAUAAGAGGGAUGAACGAGGAGACAGUCCUCGUAGGGAAGAAAGGUGGCGUCACGAUAAGUCUAGCCGUCAUGAUGAUGAAAGGUACAAAGAUGAACGAAAGGACAGGGAUAGAUCUUCUGAUAAAUCCAAGGAUUCUAAGAGAAACUCACUUUCCAAAACACGGAGUCCCUCACCUCAAAACAGAUCUUUAAAGGAGGAACCAUCUUUGAAAAUAUCUCCCCAAAAUAUCACAGAAGUGUCCCAUAAUCCAAUUCUUCUAGUUGAUGAUAUCUUAUUAGCUCCAGGCAGAGAGAGGCGCCCACCAAGAAUAGUUGUUAUUCUUCGAGGACCACCUGGGUCGGGAAAGACUUACGUUGCUAAACUCAUGAAGGAUAAGGAAGUUGAAGUGGGAGGAUCUGCCCCAAGAAUACUAUCUUUAGAUGAUUAUUUUAUGGUUGAGACUGAGAAAGAAGAAUUAGACAAAGAGACUGGCAGAACUACAACUGUCAAGGCAAUGGAAUACGAAUAUGAGUCAGGUAUGGAACCACAUUAUAGAGAAUCACUGGUAAAAGCUUUUCGGAAGACUAUUAUUGAUGGAUAUUUCCCGUUUAUUAUUGUCGAUUGUAUCAAUGAUAAAUUGAACCACUUUGAAGAACUCUCUAGUUUUGCUAAGCAAAAAGGUUUCCAGGUAUACAUUUGUGAAAUGGAUUUGGAUAUUAGUUUAUGUGUAAAAAGAAAUGUUCAUAAGAGGACAGAGGAGGAAAUAAAAAAUAUUGUUAAAAACUGGGAAAAAACACCCUUGACUGAAACCAUAUUGGAUGUUAGGUCACUUCUUCAGUCUGCAAGCAUCACUGAGGUAAAUAUGGAAGACUCUGAGCCAGUUGAAGAUAUGUCAGAAGACACACACAUGGAAGAUGUUGAAGAUAAAAGAGGAAGUGAUGUUGAAAACAAGAAUGAUGAAAAUUCAAGCAAAAUUGAGGAUUCUAGUCAUGAAGAAUUAAAAGAUGAAAAAGAAUCAAAAUCUGCUGAUAAUGAUGAAGUUGUGACUAAGGGACUAUUGGCCUCAGCACUAUCCAGCAAGUGGGACGAUUUGGACAGCUCUUAUAACAAAUUAGACCGGCUCGACGGGCUAUCGAAGGCAAGGCGUGCCACCUCCAUUAAGGAUUGGCUUCAGCUUCCAGAGGACUACUUCGAGACUUCCCAGUCCUCAACGGUUCCAGGGAAGAAGAGGGUACGGUGGGCCGAUUUGGAGGAGCGGAGGGAACAGGAGAAGAUGAGGGCGAUAGGAUUUGUCGUCGGUCAAACAGACUGGAUUCGGAUGCUAGAUCCAUCUGGAGGGCAGUCAAAACUUACUCAAACAAAGUAUAUUUGA